AAAAAGCUCUCAUUGUUUCUAGAUGGACUAUUCAGAUUGGAAAAAAAGCUCUCAUUGUUUCUAGAUGGACUAUUCAGAUUGGACGGAAUUUGAGUUAAUAAUUCAGAACGGGCCCUAUAUCUCUGCCCCCAACAACUUGUCUAUCAUUUACACGUCUCUAGAUGAACAUGUUAUCCAUUCUCCUGGUAAUUCUCGCUCCCCUAUUAUCCAUUAUUUUCUCACGCGCCGCCGCCAAAAUCCGCAGAAACAAUGGCCGCCGCAAGCUUCCACCGGGCCCCACGCCCCUCCCAGUCAUCGGAAACCUCCACCAACUAACCACCCUCCCACACCGCGGCCUCCAAAGCCUAUCCAAAAAGUACGGGCCAAUCAUGUCCCUACGGCUCGGCCAAGUCCCGGCCGUCGUCGUUUCCUCACCCGAAGCCGCGGAGCUCUUCCUCAAAACUUUCGACACCACUUUCGCCAGCCGUCCCAGAGUCCAAUCCUCCGAGUACAUGUCUUACGGCACCAAGGGCAUGGCCUUCACCGAGUACGGCCCCUACUGGCGUAACGUGAGGAAGCUGUGCACUCUGCAGCUCCUGAGCGCGUUGAAGAUCGAGUCGUUCGCGGCGUUGCGGAGGGAGGAUGUUGCGUCGGUGGUCGAGUCGCUUAGGGCGUCGGCGGCGGCGCGUGAGGUGGUGGACAUUAGUAGGAAGAUUGGUGAGCUUAUUGCGGACAUGUCAUGUAGGAUGAUAUUGGGGAUAAGUUUGGAGGACAGGAAUCACUUAAAGGAGCUUGUUCAUGAGGCUAUGUUCUUGUCGGGAGCUUUCAAUCUGUCUGAUUAUGUGCCUUAUCUUGCGCCACUUGAUCUUCAGGGGUAUACAAGGCGUAUGAAGAAAAAUAGCGAGGCCAUUGACAGGGUGUUAGAGGAGAUAAUUACGGAGCAUGAACGAGGCACAAGUGAGAAAGGGCAUCGGCAAAAGGAUUUUGUCGACGUUUUGCUUUCAUUAGUGAACCAACCGAUGAAUCCCCAAGAUCUUGAGCAUCUCUACAUAAUCGACCGAACAAACAUCAAAGCCAUUUUGCUCGACAUGGUGGCGGCUUCAUUUGAUACCUCGGCGGCAUUGAUCGAAUGGACAUUCUCCGAACUCUUAAAGCACCCUCGCGUGAUGAACAAUCUUCAACGGGAGCUAGAAAGAGUCGUUGGGAUGGACAAAAUGGUGGAAGAACAAGAUUUGGAGAAGCUGGAUUACUUAGACAUGGUGGUGAAAGAGAGCUUUAGGCUGCAUCCGGUUGCGCCUUUGCUGGUUCCACGCGAGUCCAUGGAGGACAUUACCAUUGAAGGAUACUUCAUUCCCAAGAAAUCGAGAAUCAUAGUGAAUGCUUGGACGAUUGGAAGAGAUCCAAAUGUGUGGUCGGAGAAUGUUGAAGAAUUUCUCCCCGAAAGGUUCGUCGAUAAAAAUAUAGAUCUACGAGGCCAUGAUUUUCGACUUCUCCCAUUCGGGUCUGGCCGUAGAGGGUGCCCUGGGGUGCAUUUGGGUCUUGUUAAUAUUCGGCUCGUUCUUGCUCAAUUGGUGCAUUGCUUUAGUUGGGAGCUUCCUAAUGGUGUAGAAACUAAGGACGUUGACAUGAGUGAGAAGUUUGGUCUAUCAAUGGGGAGAGCAAAUCAGUUGCUUGCAAAGCCAACCUACCGUCUCCUAGCCAAAACUAUGUAAGAUAUACACUAAUUUGAGGGUGAAAAUGUAAAAGAAUCUGAUGUGAUGUUUAGAAAUGUUUGUUUCAUGUAUUUGUCUCCGAUUCUGAAUAAUAAUUCAUAGUUUUUUACA